AUGGGUUCCAUGAUAGCUUCGAAAUUGGCAGCAAUGGCGCCGCACCGGGUUGCGUCGCUGGCGUUGCUAAACACCACCGGAGGAGGCUACCAGUGCAUCCCAAAGAUUGAUUGGCACACGAUAUCGCUUGCAUGUCGUUUUCUAAGAGCAAGAACGCCGGAGCAAAGAGCCAUCCUCGAUCUUGAAGUCCACUAUACGAGGGAAUACCUUGAGGAAGUUAUUGGAACAAGUACCAGAAGACAAAUGCUUUAUCAGGAAUAUGUUAAAGGUCUGUCAUCCGGUGGCAUGCAAUCCAGAUAUGGAUUUGAGGGGCAAAUCAAUGCUUGCUGGACACAUAAGCUCUCUCCAACAGAAUUAGACAGGAUUCGCUUCUCAGGUUUCCUUGUUCUAAUUAUUCAUGGCAGGGAUGAUGUCGUUGCUCAGUUGUAUCAUGCAAGGAGGCUUGCAGAAAAUCUCCAGCCUGCUGCUAAGCUGGUUGAGCUCCGUGGAGGCCACCUUGUGAGCCAUGAAAGACCAGCUGAGGUUAAUAUGUCCCUCAUGGAGAUGAUAAAGGCAUCAAAUUCAAACACAGACCUAGAGGAGUGGUCAAACCUUCCAAACAAGUCUGAUGGUCUUCUUCUAUCUGGAUCAGCAAGUUGUCUUACCAAAAGAGACGAUGACAGAGUGAAUUACCUCGUCUUUACAUACAAUCUACUCGGGAAGCUCCAACUUAUUUUUCUCUUCGUCUUUGGAGUGUUCUAUGUUAUUCUUGAACACGUGAGGAGAGUUGUAAAAAUUUUGAAGCCUGUCAGGGUGUCUGCUUCCACCUUAUAGAGUAAUUAGCAAGUCAACUAUUGUAGUCUAAGUUCUCUUUGCUCCGGGAAACUGUGAAUUUAUGAAGAGAUACAGUCCCUAGCACUUCC